UCUACCCGUACGGUUUAGCACUCCUGGCUCCACAUGCCCUUGAGCUGCCACUCAAGUUUAUCCGGAUCCGUUUCGAGAACCAGAAAAUCUCGUUUUUCCCCAGCAUCUCGCCGGAUUAAUGACGACAGGAGAAAAUCAUCGGUCAUUUUGAGCAAGGCAAAUUGGGAAAAUAGUCCGAUAUAAAUUAAUGCGUGAGAGAAAAAUCCCUCGAUUGAACGGAGAAGUGCACAGCAUGAAACAGCAGAAUUUUCCCUUCGUUCACUAGUGGAAAAUGUCUUUAAGAGAGAAAUUAAAUGAAAUGGAAAUGAAGUAGGAGUGAAUAAUCACGCGUCAUGAUAUUACUCCGGCAAAAAGGUGUACUACUCUGUGUUGUACCUCCACCUGACGCUCCACAGCCACCCUCACCGUGGUCCAGCAUCCUGCGGUCCACGUGCGAGGACAAGAACACUGAAAAAGUCAAGUCCAAACGCACACAGAGAUCCAGCACCAUUCGAUUGGAAUGUGGGGAUUACAGUGACUCGGGCGCAGGAGCACCGGCCGACGAGGAGGAUGCAACGCGUGGCUGCAAGAGUUUAAGCGAAUGCUACUUUGCGGGAAAAGGAGCAGCGCUGAUACUCCCCCCGACUGAACGUGCAAGACCAUCCCGUCGUGUCUCAGCAGCAGGAUGCGACAUACAGCAGCAUCUCCAGUCAAUGUUUUGGCUGCUGCGGCCCGAGGAAACCCUCAAAAUGGCUGUUAAAUUGGAAUCCGUUCAUCCGGGAAGAACGCGUUACCUUGUCGUUGUUUCAUGCAAUGGUAACCAGGAUGCAGAGGAGAGCUGCCUCCUUGGUAUUGAUUGUCAUGCACAGGCGACCGUUGGGCUCGUUCUACGAGUGCUCGCCGACACGGCUAUAACCCUCGACGGUGACGGGGGAUUCAGCGUCAGUGUGUGCGGACGACAGCACAUCUUCAAACCCGUCUCGGUGCAGGCCAUGUGGUCAGCACUGCAGACUCUCCACAAAGUCUCGAGCAAAGCGAGGGAGCAGAAUUAUUUUGCUGGUGGUUUGUCACACGAUUGGGUCAGCUACUAUGAGCAACGUAUCGCGAGUGAUCGCUCGUGUCUCAACGAGUGGAACGCCAUGGAUAGUCUUGAGUCCAGAAGGCCACCAUCGCCUGACAGUGUCCGCACGAAACCCAGAGAACGCGAGGAAACUGAACGGGUGAUCCGUGCGACACUGAAAGAGAUAAUGAUGUCAGUGGAUCUCGACGAAGUGACAUCCAAGUACAUCCGUGGGAGGCUCGAGGAGCAGUUGGAUAUGGAUCUAGUUGAAUUCAAGCCAUUCAUCGAUCAAGAGAUGCUGAUUAUUCUUGGUCAGAUGGAUGCACCCACCGAGAUAUUCGAUCACGUCUAUUUGGGGAGCGAAUGGAACGCCAGUAAUCUAGAGGAGUUGCAGAAAAAUGGCGUUCGUCACAUUCUCAACGUGACCCGUGAGAUCGACAACUUCUUCCCAGGAAUGUUCAACUACCUCAACGUAAGAGUCUACGACGACGAGAAAACAGAUCUCCUGAAGCACUGGGACGACACCUUCAAGUACAUCUCGAAAGCCCGAAAGGAGGGCUCAAAAGUCCUCGUUCACUGUAAAAUGGGUGUCUCUCGUUCAGCCUCAGUGGUGAUAGCCUACGCGAUGAAGGCCUACAACUGGGACUUCUCCCAAGCCUGGAAGCACGUGAAAGACAAACGCAACUGCAUCAAGCCAAACUCCUCAUUUCUCUCACAACUGGAGACAUACCAGGGAAUUCUGGACGCCAUGAAGAACAAGGAGAAACUCCAGCGUUCGAAGUCAGACACAAAUUUAAAAUCGCCGACACGUUUGCACCGUUCGAAGACGAAUCCUGACGACGAGAAGACGCCCCAUCCCAUCCUGACGUCGUCCUCAGGGACUUACCUGAAGAAAAGAGGACAGAGGCCAAAGAGUUGGUCGCCCCACGUGGAGCUGCAGGACAUUCUCCCCGCAGUGACCCUCUCCCAGUCCCUGGAGAACAUUGACAAGACAUCUGGAGUGGCACGAGAGGACUUGCUGAGGCCCCAGAGCAACCAGAAGCAGGGCAACGUCCUCUGCCUGAUGCCCUGCCUCAACGGCCAGUCAUACAGUGUCUCCCAGAACCAAAUAGUCCACCUGGAGGGGUCAGAAACCCCAACGACAACCUCCAAGAUCCCCAAGAAGUUCUCAUACUUCAAAAAAUCCCCACAGCGACAGAAACGUCGAGGUCUAGUUCUCAAUCUCACUAAUCAGUUUGAGGCAGCUGGAAGCAAGCCUGGCACCCCUGAGGACGCUCAGGGAUCGCCAGAGGGUGACCAGAAGCCUCUCCAGAGGGAGAACUCCCAGAAGAAUUCCCUGAAUGAUGAUAAAAACGUUAAAAUCAUUCUGACCAAUGAAAUUAGCCAGAUUCAGAGGGCAGAGAACGACUCUAAGAGGCUAGAUGUAUCACAGAAGUGGUGCAACACACCCAGGAAGCCCUCGAAACAGGAGAGAGCCUCGCCAACUGGUGGUGAUAAGCAAAAACAAGAGCAGAAGGAGAAGUGUGAAAAUUGCGAGAAGCCUCAGAAGAGAAAAUUGAAGAAGGAGGAUCCAUUCUCAGCUCAUGUGGACAAGGUUUUUGAUAGAGAGGAGAGACGUGAUCCCUCGAGGGAGUCACCGAGUCGUCAGAGCUCCUGGAGCUCGUACGAUUCAGCUGUGGGAUUGGAUACGAGUGUUCACACGUCCUGGGGGACUUUGCCAUCUAGGAACAGCUCCUGGGGGUCUUACGACAUGAGGGGGGAUCCCAGGGAUCCACUGGGCUCGAGUGGACUCUUUCCUUAUGACAGGGAGGAGAUUCCCUGGCAUCCGGGAACAGUCAAGAGGACGAAACAGAAGCUGGAGGAGGGAAAUGUCAAGAGGGUGUGCACCCAGGUGGAGGAUGACAAGAGGGAUGAGGUGUCCAGUACUGAUGGGAUUCAGGAGGAUAUCAUGGGGUUCAGGGGCUCACCCACUCUUGGGAGACGAGGGGGCGGCAAGGGAGAGGGGCUGGGGGAGGGCUCCAGGGGGAUUGAGAUCAGGGACAGCUUGAAUCAUCAGGUGGACAGACUAUCGACAUCAGCGCCAGUUCCCUCCUCCCUCCUGGAGCACAAUGCCCUGGGCACCCUGAGAACCUGCAGAUCGGAGAGUGAGACCUCCAACCAGGUAGUGGACACCACCCAGUGCCCCUCGGUGAAGCACCACAAGAUGAUUCUCGAGAACUUGAACAACAAAUCCAAAAGGUGUUUCCCCGGUGAGGACUCCCCGGAGGUGAUCUCCUCCUCCUCGUCGUCGUCCUCCUCCUCCGAGGGUCACCGAGGUAUCCCCGGCAUCGUCAAGAACCUCAAGAAGGAGUUCGAGGCCAAGUCCACGAGGUUCGAGCGCUCCCCCGAGGGAACCGAUGAGGAAAAGUGGUCCAGAAAGGAGGGAAAAACGAAAGUCAGAAGUCUUCCAUCAUCACCAGUGAUUGCUCACAACGACGGAAAAAUUCGUGGCAAGAUGGAGGGGGAGGAGAGCCAUGGGAAAACUGUCCUGAAGAGCAAUGAGGACCUCUCGGUGAGGGUUCUCGUCGAUAAAUACGAGAAACCCGGGGUGAAGAUGCGAGGGGAGGUGCAUCCCCCUGCCAAGAGUAAAAUUGCAACACAUGAAUUUGCCAGGCGAUCAGCACCCGUUACCAUGACCUCUGCGAGCUUCAUGGAGGAGGGGGAGAGGGGGCGGCCGCCUGUUGGGGGGUGCCAGGGGGUCAUUGCCACGGUUGUGGCGAAGGCUGCUAGCAAGAAGCAGCAGCAGCAUGGGAGGACUCAUCCACUUGCUAGGCUGCAGGUCAGGCCUAGGCUGGGGCCUCUGUAUAAUACUAUGUAAAGGGGGGGGCAGGGUCUUUGUAUAAGAUACCCAUGAGGGCGAAUGGAGUUGAUUGAGACUCGAGACCUCUUGAUUUCAGUGUUUCCGUCGGUCGGGGUUGUGUUCAAAAAUUAGAAAGGACUUCGAGGGGCGAUGGAGUUUAAACGCGUGUUGAGGCGACGUUGAGAGCCCUCUGGAGGAUAAAAACUAUGAAUUCUCGACCUAAUGGGGAUGGGAAAAUGUGAAAGAUGCCUCAAAAAAUUUGUUCAUUCUUUAAAAAUUGAAUGAAAUUGAUUAAAAAUUAUUGGAAAACGAUAUGUAAUUUUAAGAAAUGUUUAUAAGUAUGAGGUGGGGGCGUCGCCAUCUUGGAAGCCUCUUGGGGUAUCUAAACAAGAUGGCGGCGCUAUGAUCUCAUCUCGUAUUUUUGAAUGUCUAUUAGAAUUAUUUGUUCUCUUUGAAUUAAUUUCAACUCAUUUCAUUCAGGUUCUGGGAAAUGAAUGAAUUUUUAAAGUUAUUUUUAAGAUUUUUUCAUCCUUGUGUGGCUGAAAAUCACUUGGGGUUGUGUUGAAAAAUAAAAAAGGACUUUGAGAGGUGAGGCAAUGUUGACAGCCCUGUCAGCAUUGAACAAAGGGGAUGGAAAAGUGCGAAAGAUGGCUCUAAAGAUUUGUUCAUUCUUGAAAAAUUGAAUGAAAUGAAUUAAAAAUAAUUAGAAAACGAUAUAUAAUUUUAAGAAAUGUUUAUAAGUACGAGGUGGGGGCGUCGCCAUCUUGGAAGCCUCUUGGGGGAUCUAAACAAGAUGGCGGUGCUCACAACUGUCGCCCACCUCGCAUUUUCGAAUACUUCUUAAAAUAAUGUAUACUCUCCAAAUUAUCUUCACUUUGUUUCAUUCAGUUUGCAAAAAGUGAAUAAAUUCUCCACGUUAUUCUCACUAUUUUUUCAUGACUUUUUGCACGAAAAUUCACGACUCGAAGAUUUCUCAAGUCCUUGGAGAUGAAGAUUUCAUUGAAUAAGGGAACAAGACGAGACAGGUAUCUUAUAUUAAGAGUCGACUGUAAAAUCUUCUAGACCCCAGACUCAUGUCAACCAAAAUUUUUAGAAAAAAAAUCUGAAAGAGUUUUAGGUGUUCUUGAGAAAGGGGGUGGGGACUUACUGUCUGUGUGAUCUCUUCAGCGCCAUUUUAUAAAUGCACGAAUACUCAAGUACAGAGGGUCCACACACUAAACAAUUAAUUAGUCAAGUGGAAAACAAAACGAGUCGCUCUCUCCGCAAAAAAAUCCAAAAUCGUUCUAGUGUGUGGAUCAGGAAAGGAGAAGUAGCUUUCGCUUAUGAAUUUUUUUUCCCGAUUUUAUUCAUUAUCUUUUACUAUUCACUGAGUCUCAAUCCUUCACGUUAAAUCGUUGGAUUUUUAUCGUUAAAACGUAAACAAUUGGAUUUAAUAAAUUAACAAGUUGAAAUAAUUCGUGAGCACUCGGUCAGGCUGUGAACGAUACGUCUGGGGCUCGCACCACGUGAUGAAAAAUCCAUAGAUUAUCUUUUAAUUUCUCUAAAGUGAAUGAUAAAAUUUUUUAGUUAAACCAAGAAAUUCAAUGAGACUCGAGUGAUGGCAAAAUGUGUGAUUGAAGAAUCGUUAAAAAAAACUUCAAUUAUUUAUAGAGAAUAAUAAUUGUGAUCAGAUGCACUUGGAAGUGCUCGUGCGAGCAUAUGUUAGUCUUUUUUUCAAUUUUUUUAAGCUUCAAAAGAAGAAAAAAACGUGAGAUUGAAUGAAGAAUUUUUCGUGUAAAUAGGUACGAAUGUGAUUGUUAUCACCUACUCUUUGUACUCCCUAGACUAAUUAUGAUUGUCGUGAAAAAAUGGCUUUCGUGUUGAUUAAAAAAAACAAACAAUUGUAUAGAUGUCCGUAGCAAAGAGUGAAAAUGGAAAAAAUGCUGAGUCGAUUUAAAACAUGACAUUUUUUUUGUUUAAAUUAAUGAAUUAGUGAAAAUUGAACGACGUACAAUCUUUCCUAAGAAGAGGUAGAGGAAUAUUUUUCGAUGACAUAUCAAGAUUCCUUUUCCUUUCUUUUUCUAAUGAGAAAAAACAUUUAAUAAGAAAUACAAUUGAAGAUGAAUUUUGAGAUAAUUUAAGCACACAUGGAUAGAUGGACUAUAUUUUACUACAAAAAUUGAAGAACCUAAUAAUAUUGACUUUUUUCAAAACCAAAAAAAAUAACUAUCCCUGUUGGGAGCAAAAAGGGCGUAUCAGGAAUGGAUUUAGAAAAAUUGUCUUGUGGAGAAAAAAAAAAUUGAAAGAAUCUGAAGAUCGCCCUGAAGAUGCGCCCUUUUGAACUCAAUUACUACCUUUUUCGUACUCUGCAAAACAAUUUUCUCUUUUUUGUAUUUUUUUUCUCCCUUUGUUUUUGUUGUAAUCACUUGAACAGACACUAAUCGACUGCGUCUGUUGUCGACUGAUUAGUUUAAGUAGUUUGUCGCAAUUGAAUUUUUUUCGAUUUAUAUCGUUUCUCAAUUCGUUUUAAUUUUUUUUAAUGAGACCCACCAAUGAAGAGGAAUAGGUAAAAAUGGGAUAGACCAUUUCAAGUUGAUUCUGCGUGUGUGAGGGGAGAUAUUGUUUCUCUGCCAAAGGAAAAUGGAAUUUAAUAGAGUGGAGGGAGAAUGAGAUGGAGAUGAGUGAUGAAAAAAAAUACCGUGCGUUGUUCUGUAUAAAUUUUGUACCAUAGUUUGUAUGAAAUAAAGAAAAAUGAAAAUACAUUGUUUAUUGCUUGGAAAA